UGACGGCUCGCUCCCUUCUAUCUCUGAUCUCCCUCGUCUCCUCCUCCUCCUCCGAUCCUCUCUCCGUAGCUACCAUCAUUUUUACCCUCCACCGUCGCUUCCGCUUCGAUCUGAAGACUUGUCGGCCUUUGUCGGAGCUCUGAUUUCUACGUUUCUUUAAUUAGUAGAUUCUCUCUCUCUGACGUUUAGCUUCUUCUCCUCGGAGCUCCGAAAAAACCACCACAGUCACCACCAGCACUGAGCGCCACCAUGGAAGGCGGCGGAGCAACGCUAUCGGAUGUUUAUCAAAGCGCGAAGAAGCUCCUCCUGAAUACGUGCGACUACGUGGAACGCCUCGAGCGCCUCGACUACUCCGCCUCCUCUGAUCUCUCCCUCUCCCUCUCCAUCGCCGCCAAAUCUCAACGCGAUCUCUGGAAAAGGGUUAGGAAGACUUCUUUGAUGAACCAGUACGUUUAUAGAAAAUUCAGCCAGCAUUAUAAAGCCACAAUUGGUGCUGAUUUCGUCACAAAGGAGCUACAAGUAGAUGACUCGUCACUUUACAAAUUUGGGAUACAACAGGAUAAGAAAGGUUCAGUAGUUUAGGUGCUGCAUUUUAUAGAGGUGCAGAUUGUUGUCUUUUGGUGUAUGAUGUGAAUGCACACAAGAUAUUUGACACACUAAACAAUUGGCAUGAUGAGUUAAUUAAGCAGGCAGAUUUGAAUGAUCAUGAAGCAUUUCCCUUUGUGUUACUUGGGAACAAGGUUGAUGUAGAUGGAGGGAACAGUAGAAAGGUGACUGAGAAGAAAGCUAGGGAAUGGUGUGCUUCUAGAGGGAACCUACCAUACUUUGAAACCUCUGCAAAAGAAGGAUACAAUGUUGAAGAGGCAUUUUUAAACGUAGCAAAAAUUGCAUCAGAAAACGAGCACACACAAGCCAUAGAAGGUGAAUUCAGCAAUCAAUGACAUGGCAUCCUAUGCUGAAGCAAAUGCAUCAUAGUCCCGAAAAAUUGGCAGAAAAUUUAUGGGAGAAAGCCCUAGUGAGUGAAGCAUUAAUUUUCAUCUUAAUUUGUUAUUCUUUGGUUCAUUUAUGGCAACACUAACUGGGCAACCGUGGUCGAGAUUGCUUUAGGAAUCUACUGCGCUGGAGACCCCUUUCUUCAUUCUAUCCCAUUUCAGCACACAACCUGCUCGAUGAAAUGCUUCAACUAAAUUCUGCCCUUAUCAAUGCUUUUAUGACAGAACUGGAACCUGAUUCUCCGGUUAUCCAGGUGAUAACUAUGAUCUUCUUAAGAGGUUAUUUUGGUUAUUUAAAAGUUUACUUUAUGUUAUCAACUAAUGUUUUUCCAUUGCAGUGUGAUUAUGAUCGUCUUCAAUUGUCAACUAGUUCAUUAAUGGAGUAUAAAUUUUGAUUCCACUUACAUAUUAUGGAGUUUAGCCUUUACUCAUGAAAGUAUUUUAUCAGUUUAGCUUUAACUGAUGACCAAUGUUAAUUUUGAAAAGUAGGAUACAAUAUUAUUUGAUUUGGAAGAACCAGUAUUUCUCAUUUGAUCUCAAAUUUGUGGAGCAUUGAAAUGUACGUUUUAGAUAGUAUUUCUUGAGAGUUUAGAGAGUGAGGAGUAACCUUUAUUUUUUCUUCAAUCCUUCUGAUUUGGUGAUUUAAUUGGUAUGUGAUACAUGCUGCAGUUGACUUGCCGCCAUGGUUAUCUGUGCUGUCUAUAGCAUUGAACUCAAAUGUGGACCUUGAUCAAAUCAAGGUUGCAACAGUUUGUUAACAGGAUUUCUACUUCUGCUAAUAUCUCUGCUAUUCAUCGAUGCCUUCCUCCUCCAAACACAGCAAAAGCGGUGCCGUUUCGUGUUGUUAACUCAACUCAACACAAUGGAGAACACGAUACCUCACAGUCACAGCUCUGUCUCUAAUUGCAGCUGCACCAAAUUCAACUGCUGCGGCGGGAAUGGAGAAAGCAGUGUGCAGAAACUGCGGCGGAAGUGGUGCCAUCAUCUGUGACGUGCGGUGGUACCGGAAAAUGGAAAGCCCUCCAUACGAAGCGCGCCAAAGAUGUUUAUGAAUUCACCGAGUGUCCUAAUUGUUACGAUAUCCAAGUGAUGCAGAUAAGCAUCUCUUAGCGAGGCUGGCCUUUCCAGAAAUCAGGAAGGAUGUGCAACUCAAGGUCAAAGACGAAUACAACAGUUACAUAGCCUGGCUGCUAUUCCUGUACACUGGCUUGGCAUUACGAGAAAACAUUUUGAGGGUUAAUGGAAGUGAUAUUCGUCCAUGAGUUCGACAAAACCCAAUUCACUCUUCUCUAGUUCACCGCCGUCAACAGUUCUUCUCCUCCGCCUCUCGCCGGAGCUCGCCGGUGGUUCGUCGGACCUCUUCCUCUACUUGGAUUCGCGACUCUGUCUCUCUGCCUCGACCUCCCAUUCGCGACUCUGUCUUCACUUUGAUUCGCCUGAAUAUCUCUCUUUUUCAGUUCUCUUCUUUCGUCGGUGGCUCACCAGAGCUCAUCAGUUGAGAUUUUAAAUCUCUCAGUAUUGAACUCUUCAUUUCAAUGGAUCCUGCUAAUGAGGUAGCCGAUUGUGAUGUUCCCAUAUCAGAGUCUGCAGAGCAUUCGGCUUCUACAUUACCUCCUCUCCCAACCACAUCAUCUGAGCGCAAAAAUCGAACAGUUUGGGACCACUUCAAGAGAACAUCUGAUGAUGAAAAUAAGGCUCAAUGUCAACACUGUUUGAAAGUGAUCAAGUGCGGGAAUGAAACAAGUGCAAUGAGAUCACAUUUGAAGAUUUGCAUAAGCAAUCCCGGUUUAGAUAGAGGCAAACGACAGAAAACAGGCACAUCGCCUAGCCCAGAAGCACAAGUGGGUAGGUUUGAUGCAGAAUAUGCCCGGGAAAAAUUGAUAUCAAUGUUUAUUCGCGAGGAGCUUCCUUUUCGAUUUGUAGAAAGUCAAGGUUUCAAAGAAUAUUCGGCGGCUCUGCAACUAGGAUUCAACACUCUUUCACGUAUUACAUUGGCACGUGACAUCUUGAUGUUCUAUGAAACAAAGAAGGUUCAACUUCAAAAAUACUUUUCCAAAUAUGGAGGAAGAGUUUGUCUUACAACUGAUAACUGGAGUUCGUGUCAGAAUAUGGCAUAUAUGUGUUUGACGGUUCAUUUCAUUGAUGUGGACUGGAAGUUGCAAAAGAAAAUACUAAAUUUUUGCCAAGUCACCGGCCACACGGGAGAGAUUAUUGCUUGAAUAGCUGGAAGUUGAACAAGAUCUUGAGUUUGACAGUUGAUAAUGUAUCGUCCAACGAUGUAGGAGUUAUGUAUUUAAAAAAAAGGCUGAUUUCUUGGAAGAGUUCAGUUUUGAAUGGGGAGUAUCUCCAUAUGCGGUGUUGUGCGCAUAUUUUAAACCUGAUUGUGAAGGAUGGAUCGAAGGAGAUCGAUGAUUCGGUUGCCAAAAUUUGGGAUGCUGUGAAAUAUGUUAGAUCCUUAAAUUCAAGAUUAACUAGGUUCAAGGCAUGUAUUGCACAAGAGAAUAUUCCACAUAAGAGUCUUGUUUGUAUAGAUGUUGAAACGCGAUGGAACUCUACAUACUUAAUGUUAGUAGCAGCUUUAAAGCAUCAGAAGACAUUUGAGCUAUUAGAGAUGCAAGACAAAAAAUUUGUUGAAGAAUUAAACAAGGGAAGAGGGGUACCUUCAAUUCAAGAUUGGGAUUAUGCUAAGUCCGUCUUACCGUUUUUAGAGAUGUUUUACGAUGCUACACUUCGCAUCUCUGGAUCCUCUUAUGUCACUAGUAACUUAUACAUGAAAGAAGUGUUUGCUCUUGGAAGGAGGAUUCAACAAUAUCGUGAUGAUGAUGAUUUGAGCUUAAGUCUUAUGGCAAGUAAGAUGAAAGCAAAAUACAACAAGUAUUGGGGAAAUGCAAAAACUAUUAACAUGUUAAUUGCCGUAGUUCUAGAUCCUUGCCAUAAGUUGGAUUAUGUUGAGUGGUGUCUAGUUAAUUCUUUUGGUGCGGAAGUGGGCGGUGAAUUGAAGACAAAGUUGUCUUCUUGUCUUCUUGUCUUCAUUCACUUUAUAAUUUAUAUCAAGGUGCAGAUGAAGGAAACCAAGAUGAUACCCUCUUCCAACCGAGUCCAAGUGAUAAAGCCAAAGACAUUUAUGAUAUGGGGUUAUAUCGCCGAUCAACCGGUCGCAAAUCCAAUCUUAAAUCUGAGCUUGAUCGUUAUUUGAAUGAAGAUUGUGAGUCAGAUGAUAAGCCUUUGGAUAUUCUAGGAUGGUGGAAUGUUAACUCGAAUCGGUUUUCUGUCCUAGCAAAUAUGGCACGGGACAUAUUGGCUAUACCAGUUUCAACAGUAGCUUCCGAGUCUGCUUUUAGUAUGGGAGGAAGAAUCAUCGAUCAAUAUCGUAGCUCAUUGACUCCUAAGAUAGUAGAAGCCCUUGUAUGUACCGAAGAUUGGCUUAAAGGAGACUUUUUCUCUUCUCUUGCACCUGAGAAUUUCGAAGAGCUUGAAAAGGUCGAGCAAGAUUUGAUUUUAUCAGAGGACAUUACUUGUUCAGUGAGUCCAGGUUCAAUUGCGCUUGAGGAUGACUAGAAAGUCUUGAUUGUUUGUUUUCUUUAGUUAUUCUAAAUAAUUAGGUGGUAAAGAGAUUAGAUUUGCUUUUCCAUAUAUGAUUAGACUUGUUUAUGUUUAUGUUUAUGUUUGGUGAUAGAUCAAAGAAAUUUUGUACUCCUUGGAUUGGGAUAUUGGUGUCAACAAUUAUAGCAGUUGCAAUGUCAUUUUUUGCGGUUGGAAUUUGCAUCGUUUCUUUGGCUUAGGAGAAAAUUUUCAUUGUUGAAGAGGCCUUUUGAAGUGCCAUUGGGAAUGAAGGAUCUGAUCCCAAUGUGCCUUAUACCUUCUUUGCUCUUGGUGUAUGUGAUAAGUAUUACCACCA